CCUACUCAUCGCAUCGACCUUGACCUUCCUCCCGCCGAGCGCUAUGUCAAGCUGGCCACGGAGUUUGCGCCGCGAAUGAGAGAAAUCACGCCGCUAUUUGACACCGUCCUCGGAUCAGUAGUGCCGUGGGCAUGGCUACGCUCCAUCAUCAAAUUUAUGGCCUUUCUUGUUCUUCGGCGGGUAUAUUCAUCCGAGGAAACACAAGAAUUGGCAGGCAUUGCAAAGGGCAGUGGAGUAGACAUGUAUUUCCUGGUUGCAUUUAACGUGCUACUUGAUUCGUUGUUAGGGUGCACAAGUGGUGGUGUGCUGACCCGACUCAAGAAGGGGGAAAUAGAUCCGGCUGAGGGGGAAAACAAAACGGAACGGAGGACGAGGAUGAUGCAUUUUCGAACUCUAGACUGGGGGAUGCCUGAACUGAGGAGCGUUCUUGUUGUGCUGGAGUUUGUGAGGUCGAAAUCCGAAGACCCUCAGACGGUGAUUGCGAGGACCGUCACCUAUGCUGGGUUUGUUGGCGUGCUGACCGGAGUGAGGCAGGACCUUUCUGUAUCACUCAACUUCCGGCCUCAUCACAACUGCUCUACAUUUUCGCUUCGUCUCCACCAGGCCCUCGUGCUUUUCGGUAUCCGACCAUCUAUAUCAUCAGUCCUCCGCCAACAUUUUCUCCAUCCAGAGCGCCGUAAACUAUCCAUCAACAACGCUGUUACAUCUAUCGAAAGAACACGUGCUGCCCCCUGCUACAUAAUACUCUGCUCUGGCGCAGAAACUACCGUGGUACAAAAAGACCUUGAAAACGCGCAGACCAGGUCAGCCGUAGACUUUAUUGUGCACACAAAUCACGACUUCACGCCCACGGACCAGUCAGACCAGGCGUAUACCCAAAAGGAGAGCAGUUUAAUCUUGGGUAUGGAGUCAUUGGUCGAGGAAAGUGAAGAGCGGAAGGAUUGCAUCUUGAGCAGAUGGACCGCGCUGGCCAAGAGGCAGGAGCGGGAAUUAAAGAAAGGAAGAGGGAGAGAAAGUCUUGCUAUUUACGAACGCACGUUGCAAAAGUGGGUGAGGGCGUUUCCCAUUAUGAAUGAAUGCACCCAUUUUGGAUGUAUCAUGGAUCCAGGGACUGGGGCAAUUCGUUGGAUAGAGAGAGGCGUUGAAGACCUUGAG